AUGCAAAGGCCUGAGACCGUGGCCAUGUCGAGGCGCAUGGUAGAGACCUUGCUGGAGCGUGGCACCGUGGUCAGAGAUGUGGAGAACCUUGGCCACAGAAGGCUCCUGUACAAGAUCAGCAAACACAGCCAGCAGCACAUGCACGCAUCUUACUUCCUCAUCGACUUUCACGCCUCAUCGUCUAUUCUGACUUCCCGACUGAAUCACCUGGAAAGAGAUGUGGACGUGGUGUGGCAGACGGUGUUAAAGACACAGAGCUCCUGA